UGUAAUACUAAACUAUUGUGAAGUGCAUCCAUUUUUGCGACAAAAAGAAAAAUAAUACAAUAAAAAUGACGUGCGGGGCAGAAUGUCUGUCCAUAGGCCCGCCUCCGGAUUCGAUACUGCACAUGCCGCCGCCGCCGCUGCCAGCCUUCUUGGCAAACGCGGCCAACCUCACCCCGCCGUGCCGUGCUUCUAAAUGCCCCCCACUACAGAAUAAUGAAGACAAUCCCUUGUUCCCUGGAGUGGAGUACCAUGAAUUGCCUAGACAUGAGCCAGCUGGCAGUGACGACACCUGGUUCUUAGUGCUAAUUACCUGCUGCAUCGCUGUUCUUUGUAUCGCUGCCCUGCUAGCACUGUUCCUACUCAAAUGCAGAGAGCUCUUCAAUUCCAGGGCCCGAGGAGGCUGCAAAAGCGGUACAGGCAAGGCUGGGGGCUCCAACGCACUAUACGGGGGUGCUGCAUUAGAUUCUCGAGUUCUGUGGGCGGCACUAACACCCAGGGGAACGAGACACUUUGUAGCAGAUACUUACCCACACGAUGAGACUGAAGACCAUCACUACGAAUGCGUAGAACCCCCACUAUACAAGCUCGGCCCGCCAGAAGACUUGGCUAUAACACGCCACUUCAACGUAGAAUAUGAAGACCCCGCGCCGUUGAUAGAAAGCUAUAGCGAUCGCACAGAAGAGUAUUUCAGAAAUGGAAUGGACACGCUGCGACGAGGGCGCCCUCUAGUUUCGUCGCCCACUAGAAUCGAACGCCCUAACCUCCCCCCUCUCAAUCUCCAGCCGCGUACUCUGAGGCGCGCCCCCCACUCUCGGCGAGUCAGUGACGCCAACAAUCCGGAGAAGUCGGCCAUCUGAACCGAGGGUGGCGCGGUAUUUUCCGUCGCCGAUUCAACCGAUAUCGAUUACGAUUGGACGCCGCUCGAGCACUCGACCGUCGAUCGACUUGUUUGAGGACCACAUUCUGUCUACUUCAUCUAGUCUUGACCACAGCCGUAAUUUUUAUAUGUAGUGCUGUUUGAGUAGGCACAGACCUGCAAAAGUCUAUAUAACUUUAGAAUUUACAAUGAAAAAGUUAAUGUAUGGGACAUUAAUGUAUGUAUGGGAGUGAAAGUUGGGUAUGGCAAAAGAAGCAUGAAAGCAGAAUAAAUGCAGUGGAAAUGAGAGCGUUAAGGAGUAUGAUGGGUGUGAAAUUGAGUGACAGGAUAAGGAACAGCGUGAUAAGGGAAUGUUGUGAUGUGAAAGAAGAUGUAGUUACAGGAAUAGAAAAGGGUAUGUUAAGAUGGUUCGGUCAUGUGGAGAGGAUGAAUGAAAGCAGGUUGACUAAGCAGAUAUACAAGGAGAGUGUGGAGGGAAAGGUCGGAGUGGGAAGACCUAGACGAACGUAUCUUGAUCAAAUUAAGGACGUCCUGGUAAAGGGUCAGGUCAAAAGUACCCGAAACCGCCGAGCUUGUAUGAAGAGAGUUAUGAAUGUGGACGAAGCGAAAGAAGUAUGCAGAGAUCGUGGCAAGUGGAAAGAGGUAGUCUCUGCCUACCCCUCCGGGAAAGAGGCGUGAUUUUAUGUAUGUA